ACAGAUUAAAAUCAUUAUUACACAGUUAACAGCAGACCGUGGUUCUAGUUUGAAGCAUCCCAGAGGCUUCUACCCUCUGCUCUUGCUGGGGUCUCUGCCCUGCUGGGUACCAGGAGAUGCUUCAGUGGUGAGACAUCUUUUACGAUGCAAGUUAGGCAUGAAAUUCAUCCACUAACAUCCCCUUCCUCACCCUGAUCUCCAACAGACUUCCCGUAACGCUUGGAAGAACGGGUCAGGGGAGAAGGGCCAAAAGACACCAUGAAGCUGAAGCAGCGAGUCGUGCUGCUGGCCAUCCUCCUCGUCAUCUUCAUUUUCACCAAGGUUUUCCUCAUCGACAACCUGGACACGUCGGCGGCCAACCGGGAGGACCAGCGUGCGUUCCAGCGCAUGCUGCAGGGGCUGCGCGUGGCGCUGGACCCGCGCCUGGAGCACACGCUGCAGUCGCCCUGGGAGAUCGCCGCGCAGUGGGUGGUGCCCCGCGAGGUGUACCCCGAGGACACCCCCGAGCUGGGAGCCGUCAUGCACGCCAUGAGCACCAAGAAGAUCGUCAAGGCCGACGUGGGAUACAAAGGGACGCAGCUGAAAGCUUUGCUGGUACUUGAAGGAGGGCAGAAGGUUGUCUUCAAGCCCAAGAGAUAUGCCAGGGAUUAUAUAGUGGAAGGAGAACCCUACGCUGGCUACGACAGACACAACGCAGAAGUGGCAGCCUUUCACUUGGAUAGAAUCCUGGGAUUCCGCCGGGCCCCGCUGGUGGUGGGCAGGUUCGUGAAUCUGCGCACCGAGAUCAAACCAGUGGCCACGGAGCAGCUCCUGGGCACCUUCAUGACUGUGGGCAAUAACACCUGCUUCUAUGGGAAGUGCUACUAUUGUCGGGAGACAGAGCCAGCCUGUGCAGACGGGGACAUCAUGGAGGGCUCGGUGACGCUGUGGCUGCCGGACGUUUGGCCCCUGCAGAAGCACCGGCACCCCUGGGGCAGGACUUACCGCGAGGGCAAGCUGGCCAGGUGGGAGUACGACGAGAGCUACUGCGACGCCGUGAAGAAAACGUCCCCGUACGACUCGGGCCCGCGCCUGCUGGACAUCAUCGACACGGCCAUCUUCGACUACCUGAUCGGCAACGCCGACCGGCACCACUACGAGAGCUUCCAGGACGACGAGGGGGCCAGCAUGCUCAUCCUGCUGGACAAUGCCAAAAGCUUUGGAAACCCUGCCCUGGAUGAAAGAAGCAUCUUGGCUCCUCUCUAUCAGUGCUGCAUCAUCCGGGUUUCCACCUGGAACAGGCUGAAUUACCUGAAGAACGGAGUCCUGAAGUCUGCCUUAAAAACUGCCAUGUCGCAUGACCCCAUCUCACCUGUGCUCUCCACCCCUCACCUGGACGCCCUGGACCAGCGGCUCCUCAGCAUCCUGGCUACAGUGAAGCAGUGCACAGAUCAGUUUGGGCCAGAUGUUGUGCUGGUGGAAGACAGGAUGACUCUGUCUCACUUGUAAUCGUAGCGGAACAUGAGAUGAAACUCCUUUUUUUAAAAACAAACAAACAAGCGAUAGAAAAACAGCACAAUCAGUUCAGAAGGGCUGUGGCCAAGAUGGACUGACAUGAACAGGAGAGCUCCCGAGGCAGAGGAAGGGAGGUGACACUGGCUUUUUCCUCGGGCUGGCAGCAGUGAGAGGUGGGAAGGAGGCCUGGGAUGGCACAGUGGCCGCUGUGGCGUGUCCAUUGCCGGCAGUGGGCAUUGCACUGGAUAAACACAGCUCUGGUGCUGGGGCAGAGUGGAACACAGAACUCCUUUGUGGACUGGAUCUGGAGGGGACCCUCAGAGAUGAACAGUACAGUCCCCCUUUCCUCUGGCGAGUUUGUUCAUUCAGGGUUGUACACAAUCAGCUCUGAGCUGGUUGGGCAUUUUACUGCUUCUCUAGAGAACGAGCAGGGGCGAAUAAAAUAACUGUUGGACUGAAGAGUUGUGCCACCCCCCCGGGGUGGGAUGUUCUUCUGCUUGUCUGAGGGGUGGGAGAGGGGACCUCUGCUGCUCACUUGGCUUUUCCUUGAUAAAAGGCUGGGAAAGGGGGCUGCCUCCUAUGUGAUAAUGCUUCAGUGUUUUUGCUGAAGUCCUGUCAAAGGUUUAUCCACAGGGUUGGAGAUUUAGGAGAGGACAGGGUGGUUAUACAGCACUUGAUAUUUAAGGGGUUAUUGUAAGUUUCCAUGUGUCUUGUCCCUCUUUUUUUUUUUAAAUUAAUCUGGCAAGGUCUGAGCAGAGAAAAUAUCCUUGCAGUCCUGUGUCCUGAGGAGGACAGAAUCUGUCCUUGGAAGCAGUUCUGUGUAGGGAGGUCAGGCUGCUUUACUGUGAGCCCUGGGUGCUGUGGAGCCUCUGGGCAUGUGGGACUGGGGUAGAGGUGUUUGCUGGACUUCCCCAGUCACCAGCAGUCACCUGAGGUGUGCAGACAUCCCUGAGCUGUGGUCUGUCUUCAUCUCACCUGAGAGAGCUUUCUGCUGCUCCCUGUGACCACAGCCCAGCACUGCUUUCUGGGGACACCAAUGUUGGGGUCCCACAUUCACCUGCUUUGGCUGUGGCUGAGCUCAGAAGCUGUGAUCACUUCCAGGAGGUUUUCUGCCUUCCCCAGUUGCUUCUUGCAACCCCCACUGCAAUGUUCUGCCUGGGAUGGUCAUACAGGACUCCUCACUAAUGGUUUUGCCAUGGAAAGAGAAAAGUUGGCUUUUCAUCAGGGCAGGCUUGCAGCACUCAUCUUGUGCUAGUCCUGUUGUCCUUCAGCACUGCAGCCUGUGCUGAGUUUGUGUCGUAAAACUUGGGGCAGGUCUCAGUUUGUGUCUCCAGAAGAGAAGCAGCUUCAUCACUAUUUCCAAAUUGAACAGCUUUGCAUCAGUGUUCAGCCAGCAUGGUUCUUGAUGUAAGGAAGGAGCUCCCUUCCCCAAGUGAUUGCACGUUACUGAACUUGAGAGCAAGAGCACCAAAAUGUCAGUUUGAACCUUUUCCUUGAUUUUCCUGUCAGGAUUUCUCUGACUGCAGUGUGGCAGGCAGGUAAAGAGCUGUUUUCUGGUCUUGCACCUUGGCCACACCUGAUCCUGGAGGUGUCAGGGAGAGAAUUUAUCUGAAAAAUGCAGGCAUUGGUUCAUUUUGUUGAAGUCUUUUUCUCAUUGCAUGAGAAGAGCAUCCUGAAAGUAGAAUGUGACUGUUUACCUAGGAUUGAAUUCUGGGUUAUUCUUGCUCUCUUCUGGACUUGGCCACAGUCACAGAUGCUGUAGAGCAAUGAGAUGAUGGGAUGGGAUCUGGAGUUAUUACUGGAGUUCUCAGUCAGGGUGGUGACACACAGCUUUGAGAACACUGUGGAGCUCGUGCCUCUAUCACCUGAUCACUGAACAUGCUUUAGAAGCUGUGGGGCAGGAGCAAGUGCUGGUUUAAGCUGCUUCCCAGGAACUUUCAGAUGAUUUACCCAAAGGGGAGAUAGUGAAGCACAUGAUUGGUGGCUUGUAGCAUUUCUAAAAGCUUAUUCUUCUCUUUGAGCUUAAACAUGAGCUCUUAAUAUUUUGGGAGGGAUCUACCAAAAUUUAAUUUUUGAUUUCUAUAUGAUAACUCUUGAUAUUUACAUUUGAUUUAAUAAUGGGCUCAAAAAAAGGUCUUUCAGUCUUUGAAAUUAAAUUAGUGUUGAGAACUUACAUAUUGCUCUAAGCUAAAGCUUUUGCUGUCAGAUGGAGCCUGGGGAUGGGUUUUUCCCCAGUAUAAAUGUCAAAGAUUUAAAGCAGGGUAUUGGUUUAUUUUGGUUUACUUGUGGACAAAGGGCAUGAAGUCCAGCAUUAUCAGUAGAAGGAAGCAAGAAAUGGUUGUUUUUUAGCAUUGGUUUUUUAUUUGUGAUAUUGAUGCUUCUGGUUGCUGUAAACACUAUUGGAGGUUGGUGUUCUGCAGCAGGAAAGAAAAAUAAAUUCCUCUCUUAAACCAAAAUCAGGAAGAUCUGGUUUUGGCCUUGUGACAAUUUCUGCCCUUUUGGCAGUGAUGGUCGUUUUGCUUGAACACAGAACCCUGAGAGAUUUUAAAUUGUAACCAUUGCAAAGGAAACGAGGAGCAGCAUCCACGUGCCAACUGGGUCUGCCUGAAUCUCUGAAAAAUAACAUUGUUUGGAAGGCAGGUGCUCUGGGGAGGGGGUUUUCCAGACCCCUUCUGAUCCUUGUUCACUGUGCACGUGUCACCCACUGGCCCCAGGUGUUGCACACUGGUUGUGUCGUGCUUAUCAAUGAUAUCAGAGCACUGGAAGCACAGAAAUCAAGAGCUAAUUAUAGAGCCUCAUCAGCCAUCUGCUAUUUACCUCCUCUUCCCAAGUCAGCCAUCGGGGGGAGGAGACACUCGAGUCAGCUCUCCUUCCAGCAGCUGAUGAACUGGAGUGUGUCUUGCCAAACAAACUUCAACUCAAAAGUACUAAUUUAUUAAGAAGGUAAUUUAUUUACUGCAGCAGCUGGAGCAGGAAGCUGGAAACAGACCCCCCUCUCGGAUGUGCCAGAGGAGGCCCCUGGGAGCUGCUGCACAAAUGGAGUUGCUAAUAAGCAAACAGAAUGCAAUCAUGACUUUCUACUCCUAUCCCCCGGGGUCAGAUCCCACAUAAAGCAACAUUGUGUGAAUAAAGAUUUUAAUAAAGCAACAUUGAUGGAUUGCCUAA